AAUAUCUUAUUAACUUAACCGAGAAAAUGUCUGCAGUCAUGAAGAACAUGGUGUUCCUUAGGCCUUUCAUUGGAAAGCUACAAAAGGGUCUCUCAUUCUUCUCCAAUCAAGGAACUGAGCAUCACCAUAAAGAUGUGAGAGCUACUCUAAUGGUGCCAGAUGAUGUAAAGGAAGGGCAAUUUGCUGUUUUGGCUAUAAAAGGUGACGAGAUUGAAAGGUUUGUUUUAGAACUGAGCUUCCUUUGUAACCCUGCUUUUGUAAAGUUGCUGAAGCUGGCUGAGGAUGAAUUUGGAUUCCAUCAUAAGGGUGCUCUUGCUAUCCCUUGCCGGCCUGAGGAGUUGCAGAAAAUUCUUACGGCCGGAGGAAGGACGAAGAAGAUUGAUUAUUCUGCUCAAGAGUGGAUUACUGGGUAGACUUCCCAGCAUCAACCGUUGUUAGGGAAUGACCGAAUAGAUGUUUAUUGGUUUCUUUAAUUGAGUUUUCUCGUUAUUCUUUAAUUAAUUUCUUGCUGGUCACUUGCUUCUUGUAAAGUUCAGACUUUUCAAUAAUGUCCUUCUAAUUUAAUUCUUCCUC